AUGAGUCAAGAGGAGGAUGAGGCAGACAUUGACUAUUACGACCUCCUCGGCGUCCCUCAAGACAGCACGAACGAAGUAAUUGACAAGGCAUACCGUCGAAAAGCCAGAAAAUACCACCCAGACAAAAACCGCGAUAAUCCCGAAGCCGCAACGAAAGUAUUUCACCAGAUAAGUAAGGCUUACGAGAUACUUACAAAUCCACAAAAACGGUUGGUUUAUGACAACGCGCGCAAAGCACGCUCUGCACUCAAAGUUAGACAUGAAGCACUAGAUGCAAAGCGAAAAGCUAUGAAAGCAGAUUUGGAAGACAGAGAAAACGCCGCUAGGCUAGAAAAACGAAAAAAAACCGCGGCAGAAGAAUCAAGGCAAGCAAAGAAGAGACAGCACGAAGACGUGAGAGAAUGGGAAGAAAACAAGGAGAUAAGUCAUAGUGGAAAAUGA